UGUUUCAAUUUGUCAAACUUUAAAUUUGCUCUAUAUUUAUGUGUAAUACAAUUGUGUUGGGAAUGGGGUCUGUGUUUAGAUGUGAACACAACCUCUGGUGUAGUGAGAGGACAGACCUUUCAUGUAUUGAAUACAAGUGUUAAUGAGUUUUUGAAUAUACCUUACGCUGAGCCACCGGUCGGUGCCCUCAGAUUCAAUAAACCCCUGCCAUUGAAGGAACCAAUCAAACAUAUAAUCGAUGGCACAAAACCUGGCAAUUCAUGUCUCCAAACACCCUAUGAUUUAAAACUACAACAAAGUGAGGACUGUUUGGUACUAAACAUAUGGACACCAAAUGCAACAAAAUCUCUGAAACCAGUCAUGUUUUGGAUAUACGGAGGCGGUCUGAAUGGGGGCACUAUUUUUGAUUUCAAGUACAACGGGUCUUAUUUGGCGGCACACGAUGUGGUGCUGGUAUCAGUCAACUAUAGAGUUGGAAAGUUAGGCUUUCUAUACGGAGGUAACGGGUCGACAGCACCGGGAAAUGUGGGUCUCUAUGAUCAAGUGAUGGCUUUGAAAUGGUACAACGGGUCUUAUUUGGCGGCACACGAUGUGGUGCUGGUAUCAGUCAACUAUAGAGUUGGAAAGUUAGGCUUUCUAUACGGAGGUAACGGGUCGACAGCACCGGGAAAUGUGGGUCUCUAUGAUCAAGUGAUGGCUUUGAAAUGGGUCAGAGAAAAUAUCCAUUCAUUCGGUGGGGACAGGGAUCAGAUCACAGUAUUUGGUGAGAGCGCUGGUAGUGAAUCCAUAUCAGCACUGAUAGUAUCGCCGGAAACUAAGGGUCUGUUCCGUCGGGCUAUUAUGGAAAGCGGCGCUAAUUUGCAUUAUAAGGGACGACAACAACACACAACUGAUGAGGCUUUCAAUGCAUCGCAAACUAUAGCCAAAGCUCUGAAUUGUAGCGAAGGUUUUGAUGACAAUCAGUGGUUGGACUGCUUGAGGGAAAGGGAUGCCAAAGAGUUUAGUAAAUUUUCUGAAUCUACAUUCCCUUUGGAGGGAACGGACUUUUUACCAAUUUCUAUAAUACAGGCUUUUGCCGACUCAAAGUAUAUGCAAGACCUGGACAUAAUGGCGGGUGUCAAUAGAAAUGAGGGCUCAAAGCUAGCUUAUGGAGCUUUCCCACAACUGCAUAGUAAUAUCACUGAUAAAGACUUUGAUGACUUGGUGGUCGCCAUAAAUAGCUCAUACCAUGGAUUAAAAUUACCAAAUUUGAGACAAUUUUAUCUCAAAGAUGACCACAAAAAUCACUCUUCGGAUGUGUUAAGGCAAGCGUUUUACGAUCUUUUCGGUGAUGUUGGCAUCAAAUGUCCGACAUAUCUGACGGCCAAACAAUACGCCAAUUAUGCCAUCAAAAGUGGUUCAAAAAGUCGUGUUUACAUGUAUGAAUUGACUUAUCAGUCUCAAUUUGCUAAAAUAUUGGGUUGCGGUGAGAAUAUGGGUAUCUGUCAUGAAUCGGAUGUGGAGUUUGUGUUUGGACUUCCCCUAUGGGUCGACAAACUAUACCCCAAAACUCAUACCCAACUGGACAUGGAUUUCAGUUUAUAUGUCAUGAAACUGUGGACUGAUUUCGCUAAAUAUGGUAAACCGGAUGACCAAUGGCCCCAUAUAUUGGAUGACAAGAACAAUAUCAAAAUCAAAGACUUGAAUCCAACGAAUACGAGUCGACAUAUAAUCGAUGGCACAAAACCUGGCAAUUCAUGUCUCCAAACACCCUAUGAUUUAAAACUACAACAAAGUGAGGACUGUUUGGUACUAAACAUAUGGACACCAAAUGUGGACAAACCUCUAAAACCAGUCAUGUUUUGGAUAUAUGGCGGGUCCCUGAAUGAAGGAUCUAUAUUUAAAUUACUGUACAACGGGUCCUAUUUGGCCGCACAUGAUGUGGUGGUUGUGUCGGCUAACUAUAGGCUCGGAAGGUUAGGUUUUCUAUACGGCGGUAACGGGUCGACAGCACCGGGAAAUGUGGGUCUCUAUGAUCAAGUGAUGGCUUUGAAAUGGGUCAGAGAAAAUAUCCAUUCAUUCGGUGGGGACAGGGAUCAGAUCACAGUAUUUGGUGAGAGCGCUGGUAGUGAAUCCAUAUCCGCACUGAUAGUAUCGCCGGAAACUAAG